AACAACAUGGCGAACAUUCGUUAAAACCAUCACAAUUUGUUAUGAGUCGUGGAAUUUUGUUUGUUAAUGAAAGUAAAUUAGCGGAGUGCAUAUCAUAGGCAAUUUGAAUGAUCUUGAACAGAUUUUCAUCCUAAAUAAAGGUUUUUUAGCUUCUAAAUAUACCUGUCUUAGCAGCCAUACAGAAAAACUCGUUUGAUAGAAAUCAGCAAAGAAAUAACCGAUAACAUUCAUCAGGAAGAUCAAUGAACUUUUAAGUGGAUUUUUGAAUUAUUUACAAUGCCCCGUCGGGUUCAUGAGGCUGAAGUAAGAUUACCUCCCAAAAAAAUUAAGGUGAUAGAAGAACCACCUAGUUUGGAUGUCAGUUUCUGUGACGACGAGGCUUUGCCACCGGGCAUUGUUUUCACGGAUGUCUUGCAAAAGAAGUGGCGCAUUGGAAAGCCCAUAGGUAGAGGCAGCUUCGGUAGAAUCUACUUAGCUUCAGAUGAGACAGACAAAGAAGUAACAAAAUUGAAUGCUCGAUAUGUAGUCAAAAUUGAACCACACAGCAAUGGACCUCUAUUUGUUGAAGUACAUUGUCUAAUAAGGACUGCACAAGUUUCAAAAGUUAAGGCCUGGUGUCAACAGAACAAACAAAAACGACUGGGUAUGCCAGUCUACAUUGCGAGUGGAUCAUUUACUGAUGAAAAUACUAGUGUAAAAUACAGAUUCCUAGUCCUACCUCGCUAUGAUGUUGAUUUACAGAAAAUAAUUUCUAGAGCAAAAGUCUUAGAUAAAAGAAAUGUUCUCAUAAUAGCUUUACAAAUACUUGAUGUUUUGGAGUAUUUACACAAUCAAGGUUACACACAUUCAGACAUCAAAAGUUCAAAUCUCAUGCUAGGUUUUGAUGGCAAUAAAUUUAAUAAAAUGCCUAAACCUCCACCAUCUUACCAGAAAGAUAAUAAACAACUUGUAUUAUUGUCAAGAAAACAUAAGAAAACUAAAACAAAUAAAUCUAGAACAUCAAAUUAUUAUGAUGAUGAGGAUUUUAUUGUCCGAGACAACAGAUCAUCUUUGGAAGGGCUAGAAGACAAUGAUAAAAGACUGGCCAGUGUUAAAAAGAAAUUGAGAAAAAUACUGUCCGAUAAAGACAGUAGAACCUUGCAUCGUCAUCAUGCUUUUAACCUCAGACAAUUGUCUAAUUAUGUAAACUACGAAGAUUUAAACAGUUCUGUAUGUUCUGACCAAUCUUAUCAGAAGCUUUUAGAUGAUUUUGGCAAUAAAAACCUAAUUUAUGCAUCAAGAAAAAUACAUGAACUAAAUGGAAUGAAUAUUAAAGAAAUAAAUGAUGUGGAUCUAGAUGAAAUUCACAAAGAGGCAGUUCUUGGUCAAUCUAAUGGACAAGUGUACUUGUUGGAUUAUGGUCUUGCAUCAAAAUUUCUUGAUUCAAAUGGUAAUCAUAAAGACUUUGGAAUGGAUGCAAGAAAAGCGCAUGACGGUACUUUGGAAUACAGUUCAAGGGAUUCUCACAUUGGCGCGCAUUCUAGACGUUCAGACUUAGAAACUUUGGGAUAUAAUUUAUUAGAUUGGCUCACUGGUACUCUGCCUUGGAAAACAACAGAAGUUUUAGCAGAACCUGACUUAGUUCAUGUCCUCAAGAAAAAUUUCAUGAAUGACAUUAAAUUGUUAUUGAAAACUUGCUUUAAAACUGAAUUCUAUCCUCAAUUUAUGGAGAAAUAUCUUCAAUAUGUUACUAGUCUUGAUUUUACUGACAGACCAGAUUAUGACUACUGUAGAAGCUUAUUCAGAACUGAAUUGUUAAAAAGUGGUUAUCCUCAUGAUAAAGAUUUAUCAGUCAACUUUGCUGAGCCACCUAUGUCGCCGAUGAGUCGGAAAUUGUGUUAUGCUAAGAGGUUUGGCAGAAAAAACACUCCAACGGACUUUUUAGCCAGAAAUGGUAUCAAAAAGGCUUAUGAAAGAGAGAAUAUUUGUUCUUUUGAAAAUGACCUUAAAUUAGAACUGUUAAAACAAACGCUAAAUACGUCAAGUGAAGGUCUUCGGAAACCUUGCACAUCAAGAAACUUCUUUAUAUCUGAUGCAGACUUAGUUGCUCGCUUAAAGAAAUCUCUAAUGCCUCAUGACAUUUUCGGCAAAAAGCUCUCGCCGAAGAUGUUACGAUCAAAGAAAAAAAACAUAACACAACGUAAAGGCGUCAGAAGACAUAGAAAUAGUAUCGGUAAAUUUGGUAAAUUUAUGGGCUCAGACCGACAAUUUACUUGGGCAGAGAUAUUAGCAGGUAAUCCGGAACACAUUAUACGUAAGGAACGGAAUCCUACCUCACAUGAUAAAAGUGAAGAAGAUGAUGAUUCAACUUGCAAAUAUAGAAUACGAAAACUCUCUAAUGCCUCGUCAGAAAUCUCUGAAUCUAAUUCACAGUCUCUUCUAUUACAAAAAGAUUAUUUUCAAAACAUGAUUCCUACAUAUGCUAUGAAAGAAGUUGUAGCAAACUUAAAAAGGAGAAUAAAUGGUAAAAUUACGAAAGAUUUAAAUGAAUCAGAUCCAGCCUUAGUAGGUUAUACACCAGCAAUGGUAAAAGUAUAUAAAAUGAAAGAAAAAAGAGAAGCAAAAGAAAAAGUUGAGGCAAUUAAAAAUCUAAAUGUAGAGAAACAAGUUCCUAAUACUAGAUGUACCAGGUCAAUGACUAAUAAAGCUAAACAAAUCCAACCGAAACAAAAUAAGUUGAAAGAAAAACCAUCAAAUGUCAAUAAAGAAAUUGUAAGUGAUAUCGAUGAAAAUGAAACACAAAAAUCACCUAAAACCAAGAAAAGCACCACAAAGAGCCUAAGAAAUUCUAAGAAAGAUGUAGAACAAAUAGAAACUCCAAAAAGUACAGCUAAAGUUGUGAAAAGAACAGUACGAAAGAGGCAGGUACCAAUCAAUAGGAGGAGGUUAAGGAGCAGCAAACGUAAAAAGCAGUAGUAUAAGUCAAAGUGAACAUAAUACUUGUUAUUUAAAGUUCAAAAUUUGAUUAAAUAUUAAUAGAAUAAGAAAAAAUUGCAUUUUUAAAUUUAAAAAAUAAUAAAUGAUCUGUAAAAAAUGUUAUCUGUGUUACUAACAUUAGAUAAAUCAUUAUUUGGAAAUUUUAUUGAUUAUUCUCUAGUUAUUUUUUUUUUACUGAUAAUAAGACUGUUUUAGUACAUUCAACUUAUCCCAUUUUUUUUAGGAUAUAGUGAUCCUAUCUUCAUCAUUUAUUAUUAGUAGUUGUCAAAAGCCAUUAUUUUUAUGUAUUUUGUGAUUUCCUACAAUACUUAAGAUCAAUAAAUCAUCUGUUUUCAA